UGAAUGGCAUUUGAAACUGAUGAGAAAUGAGUAACUGAUUGCCAUAACUCCUCUUUGCCCUGAGGUGGUAUUGGGGUGGGGGCUGAUACUUGUGCCUGAAGUAAGCUGUGCCUGCAGGUCAAGUUGUGUACUUCAAAGGGCCUAUUAACAUACUGUCACCCUUUAAAGCAGAUGCAUUCCUUUAAAAUGGCAUUUUGCUUGAACAUGUGAAAGUUAGGAUGAGGCCAGCUACACACUAAGCAUUUAAAAGGGCAGAUUUUAAUUUAAUGAGGCAGGUACUACAAAAAAAGGCAAUUUUGAUGAGCUGACAUUAAAUGCUAAAACAAACACAGAAAAUGCCGGAAAAUUUGAGCAGUUCUGGCAACAUUUUUGGAGAGAGAAAUAGAGUUAACGUUUCUUCACCUCAUGAACAGAUAUGGCUGCACUAUUACUCAGGCUAAAGGGUGUGACUGCCUCCUGGAUCAGUGUGUUGCAACUCUUCCCUCUUCCUGAUGACCCACAAAGUCUACACCUCAAGCUCCAGCUCAACAAUUCUGAGCUGACAUUCUCCUGCAGGCAUUCCAAUACAGAGAAAAAAAUGAACAUGUCAGCAAUGAGUAACACAGUAUUCUCAACAGGAUCAUUCACAACCAGCAAUUCAACAUCCAAUGGCUCAUCCUCUUGUGAUCCACUUGGAUCCACCUAUAAUGCAGCUUUAAUAGCAAUUUACACCCUUGUGCUCGUGGGAGGUUCUACUGGUGCCAUCAUCAUGACGUGGAAAAUAAAAACCGACAGCAAAUCUGUGACAUCCACUGCCAUGGUCAAUCUGAUAUUGAUGCACACAUUCUUUCUCCUAACUGUGCCUUUCCGCAUCUCUUAUUACGUUCUUGCUGAAUGGAAGUUUGGUGAAAUGCUUUGUAGGCUGAAAUUCAUUGUAGGUACAACUGCAUAACAAAAAAAGAGAAUUACAUCAGUAAUAUUACAACAAAUGUCACGAUAGAGCAGUGCCAACAUUCAAAGCUAAACAGAAUAAAGGGAUUUGAAAGAAAAGAGUCUCUGAUUUUUAUGUUCCUUCCCUGGCAUAGACAUUAACAUGGGUGCAUAGUAUAGCCAUGUUUUCCAUACACGUACUAUACCAGGCAUCAAUGGUGAAUUGGAGAGAAUGGCAAUAAAACAAAAUAUGGAGUUUUGGAAGCUCUUUGAUCCAGGUUGUCACAGUCUGUUAGCACAUAUUUGGCCACCCUUAAAAUCCUGCUAUGUCAAAGAGUCAUAGAAAUGUAUAGCAUGGAAACAGACCCUUCGGUCCAACUUGUCCAGAUAUCCCAAC